GACUAGUCUAAAGAUGAAGCCGGUUCUCCUUGGAAUACUAUCCCUACUCCAGUUUGUCUCUACUAGUGGGGACUCAACCGCCGACCAACGCCGAUUUAACGCCCUGAAGUUUGGUAACAGUGUUCCGGACUAUAUCAUCUACAAGCCGAGCAUGGGACCUCUGCAGAAUGCUUUCUCAGUUUGCUCGUGGGUUAGAGGUAUUAGAUCUAGUAGUAAUCCGAGUUGGCUAUCCUACGCAGUGAACAGUGGCAGUUCCGAUGAGAUCCUGAUAUCAAGUAAUGGGAAUUAUAACAUUAUAUUCGACAGCGGUUGGAGUUUGAAAAGAGAGAUUAGCUCAGUCCCAUUAGGGACUUGGUACCAUUACUGUGGAACCUGGAGCAUAUCAUCCCGAACACAUAGAGUGUACCUCAAUGGACAGCUUAUUGGAAGCAGAUCAACACCCUCAGGACGUAAACUCGGUACUAACGGUUAUCUUGUAAUCGGAAACGAUCAGGACAGUUAUGGUGGAACGUUGACCCAGGACGCAAUAUUUGGAGGGGAGCUUUAUAAGCUCAACUUGUUCUCCAAGGAACUGAGUAGCGCUGAAGUUCAGGAGAUGGCAAAAGACAAGUGCACUGAAAUAGAGGAGACGUAUGGGGUGGUUAGGAGCAUAAAGUGGGAACAAAUACUGCUGAAGACUAGGAACGGCGAGGUUACUGAGAUCGAAAGUGGGUGUGUAGAAUCAAUCCGAGCCAAAGAGGAAAAAGAAGCAUGUAAAUCUCACCUGGAGGAUACGGAACGGCAGAUGAACGCAACCUUAGCAGUGCUUGAGAAUAAAGAACAGCAGAUGAACGCAACCCUAGCAGAGCUUGAGGAGACUAAAUCUGAUCUGGAGGACAAAGAACGGCAGAUGAACGCAACCCUAGCAGAGCUUGAGGAGACUAAAUCUGAUCUGGAGGACAAAGAACAGCAGAUGAACGCAACCCUAGCAGAGCUUGAGGAAACUAAAUCUGAUCUGGAGGACAAAGAACAGCAGAUGAACGCAACCCUAGCAGAGCUUGAGGAAACUAAAUCCGAUCUGAAGAGUAAAGAACAGCAGCUAAACAGGACGGAGGCACAAAAACAGACAACCCUACAAGAACUAGACACCACAACCCAGGAUCUGAACAGUACCUCUGCAGCUCUUAACCAAACUCUGACAGAACUUCAACAAGUUAAAGAGUUACUGGAAAACACCACCUGCCAUGCUAACACGACUGUGACCAGUCAUUGGGAUCUGCUCUAUUCCGAGGAGUACUUCGGAGGGAUCUUUACUGCAGAGAAACUUGAAAUUCUUCGCAAAAGUGUGGCAAAGCUAGAGUACUUUCAGGGCAUCAGAAUAACAGACGGGCUCAUCAAGUUUUUCAAGAUGUUCCAUGACGGUGAAGAAGAUCAGUGCUCGGAUAAAUAACUAUAAACAGACCAAAAGACAGAAGAGUGGAGGAUUAGAUAAACUGGAGGUGCUCAAACUUAUUGGAAAUUGAAGUAGCCUGUAGCUGGCUGCUGGACAUAUAAUAAUGGACAUAUAAUAGUAUGUAUAUUCUAUUGUAUUGUUAUAUUGUUUUAAAAGAUAAGACAUUUGUGGUUAUAACUUACAACACUGAAUUUUGGUCCAAAAACUGAUUCCUUUUUUAAUAACUUAUUUUUGCGAAGCUGUGUUUUUAAAUGAUAGAUAAUCAAUUACAAUUCAGCCAUUUCGGUUGUAAUAUGUCUCAAUCUUUAACAAUCAUCACCUUUGAUUUUACAAACAGCUUCCUGGUUUGUAAAUUUGCUUUAUGGUUAUUAAAUCAGUUAAUUUACGGUUACUGUUAGUUGUGUACAAGUUUAACAA